AUGUUUGUCCUUCAGGACAAGAAGGCCAUGUUGUCCUUCACCACUGGGUCUUUGGAGUCCAUGUUCAGCCCAACUGGAAUUAAUGGAGACAUGAAUGUUACACUGUGGCCGCUGCAGAAUGGCAUCCUGCACUACUGUGGCUUCCAGGUUCUGGCUCCUCAGAUCUUCUGGGCUCCCUCCUCUAGUGAAGUUGAAGCACGUAAAGCCAUGCUGGAGGGCUGGCGCACUCGACUGCAGGGCCUGCUAGAGGAAAAGCCUCUGUCCGUCAUCCCAUUGGACUGCUUUGAGGAGACUGGUUUCCAGUUGAAGCCUGCCAUCCACAAGGAACAUGCCAGCAAAGAGUUUGGGUUGACGGUUGGGAUCCAUCUAAACAAGCCACUGCCCCCUCAUAGCCAGAUGAAGGCUGGCUGCUGA